GAAUAUAAAAACAUGCAAAUCACUUCACUCUCGUAAGCAAGCAGAGCAAAUAACAUACUUGCGCCAGUAGUCAGUCAGUGUCUUAAAGAUCUACUCAUCAAACGCAAAAAGUUGGUACUGCAAAUGCAGUUUCGUCUUUGCUUAUUCAAUUUCUUCAAAAACCUCAAUCAAUGGCGGAUCGAUCGAUCAAACAAGGAACUCUGACUUACAUCUACCUUCUCAUUUACAUCGCGCUUUCUAGUGGUCAGAUCUUCUUCAACAAGUGGGUUUUGUCAUCAAAGGAAAUAAACUUCCCAUACCCUCUUGGAUUGACUCUUCUUCAUAUGGUCUUCUCCUCCGUUUUAUGCUUUGUGCUCACGAAGGUUCUAAAGAUUCUGAAAGUUGAAGAAGGGAUGACCAUGGAAGUAUAUACCACAUCAGUCAUUCCGAUUGGUGCCAUGUUCGCAAUGACCCUUUGGUUGGGAAAUACAGCAUACCUGUAUAUUUCCGUUGCAUUUGCACAAAUGCUGAAGGCCAUUAUGCCAGUAGCCGUUUUCAUUCUUGGAGUGGCAGCAGGGCUUGAGGUCAUGAGCUGCAGAAUGCUUUUGAUUAUGUCAGUCAUAAGCCUCGGUGUUGUAGUUGCCUCUUAUGGUGAAAUAAGUAUCAACUGGAUUGGUGUGGUUUACCAAAUGGGAGGUGUAGUUGGAGAGGCCCUGAGGCUCAUAUUUAUGGAGAUAUUUGUUAAAAGAAAGGGUUUGAAGCUGAAUCCUAUAUCUAUGAUGUACUAUGUCAGUCCCUGCAGUGCUCUUUGUCUAUUCAUUCCAUGGAUAUUUCUGGAGAAACCAAAGAUGGAUGCAAAUGGGUUGUGGAACUUUCCACCGCUUGUGCUCAUAUUCAACUGCCUUUGUACAUUUGCCCUCAACCUCUCAGUCUUUCUUGUCAUCUCGCAUACUAGUGCUCUCACCAUUCGAGUUGCUGGAGUGGUGAAGGAUUGGGUUGUUGUGUUACUCUCUGCCCUGAUUUUUGCUGAUACGAAAUUGACACUCAUCAAUUUGUUUGGCUAUGGAAUUGCCAUUGCUGGUGUAGCGGCGUAUAACAAUCAUAAACUGAAAAAAGAAGCAUCACAAGGAAGUUCGAAACAGGUGCAAUGCGAGGAAUCAAUACCGAUGGUCUCUUCAUCCUCUAACAAAUAGCCGACUGUAUGCGACGUUUCUUGGUAAAACUCUUGAGAGCUGCAAGUGCCGAACAAGAAAUAAUCAGGUUGUUGCAACAAAGGUCAUGUUUGAUAUUAGACAAGUUAACAGCGGGGUAACAUGUGGUGUCUGGUAAUACCUUAUCAACUGUGGUGUUGGCUAUGAAACACAGUUGAAAUUCUGAUCUAUUUACAUCGCAAGAAUUUCUUGUUUAUACUGAUAGUCCUGUCUCAGGUUUCGAAGGGCAUCAUUCUGCUGUGGAACAACGGUGAUCAUCCUGUUUGAUUCUUUCUUUCAUGGACAAAUAAUUAUGAAACUCCUCAAUGAUACAUUCAAGCUCCGUCCCUUCACACACACACACACACACAAAAAAAAAAACAUUCAAGCUCUCCGUCCUACAAGACUAGUCUGGCAGAAGGAGGUUGCACAAAAUGUGAUUGACCAACUAUGUCGUCAACUAAUGGUGAUAUAUACAAAUUUAGGAUGUGUAAAAAAGGUUCUCAGUUUUAUAACGUUUCGACAUCAAACUUUGUGCAUUAUUUUCUGUCGUCAUGUUUUCAUAAUUUUUUUUUAAUAUAAAUACAAAUAGUAUGUAGUCAGGGGCGCGGCAAAGAUAUUGGGGAUCCUGUGCGGUUUCAUAAAAUUGGGUCCUUUUCACAAUUCAACCUACAUUAACAAUACUUAUUUCAAAUUAUUAUGAGAUAAAUUUCGAUUUCA